UUUUGUAUGUCUAUUAAAAUACUAUAUUAUUAUGUAUCAAUUCAUAAAUAAAUAAAAUAACCCUGGCUCUAAACAAAUGACUGCUUUAUUUUUGCUGGGGAUACCCUAUUACAGAUAUAUUUACAAGGAACUUCACCAGCCCUGAGGGUUCUGUAGUAGGUUGGGGUCCGACAAGAGGAUGCGUUCAUCAGACAAUGGGUUCUGUAGUAGGUUGGGGGAUAAUCCCAUCAGCCAUCAUGAAUCUUUUACCACUCCCCUAACCAGUAUGCUGGUGGACAUCCAAUCAGAAAGGUCUUGCAAGACCAUGUUGGCAUAAAACUCACGUUGAUAAAACUAGUUUGAAGCAGGAAGUCUUUCUCUUUCACCCAGAAGCACUCCCCAGAAGCAGGACCCUGCAGAGAAAGAAGUCUGAGGUAUGGCUACCCACCAUUUUAUAACUUGCUUUUUUCUAAAAUAUGCUGCUGGGCCUGGUUUUGAAUCUGUUUGAUAUCUUUGGAAUCUUUUGAUAUUUUAGUAUGCUAUUAUUUUAUAUAUGGAGAGCCUGUUUUCAGGGCCUUGUAUGGUUUAAAAGUGCAUGUAACUUUAGUAAUUUACCCCCUUUUCUCUCAUUUUUUCCUCUCUACGCCAUGCGGCCUGAUUUUGAAUCUGCCUGAAUCCUUAGUAAAUGCUUAUUUUAUAUAUGGAGAGCCUGUUUUAGGGGCCAGGAUUGGUUUAAAAUGCAUGAUUCUUUAGCAGUUUACCCCUUUUUCUCUCAUUUUUUCUCUAAGCCAUGCGGCCUGAUUUUGAAUCUGCCUGAAUCCUUAGCAAAUGCUUAUUUUAUAUAUGGAGAGCCUGUUUUCAGGGCCUUGUAUGGUUUAAAAGUGCAUGCAACUUUAGUAAUUUACCCCCCUUCUCUUUCAUUUUUUCCUCUCUACGCCAUGCGGCCUGUUUUUGAAUCUGCAUGCUUCCUUAGUAAAUGUCUAUUUUUAUAUCUGGAGAGCAUGUUUUAGGGUCAGGAAUGAUUUGAAUCUUACCCACAGGGCCUUUUUUUUUUUUAAUGAGAACCCUGACCCUUGUUAUUUUUAAAUUUUUAUUCUUAAAACCUAUAUUUACACAGGCAGUAUUAUAUACAGCAUUUUUGAUGUACGCCUCAACAUCUGUAGAAAUCUAGUAUUCCAAGGGCAGUUUCUGUUCUCUGCAAAACAGCUCUCCUGCAACAAAUAAAUAAAACAGGGUUAUGCAUGCACAACUCACAAUCCUGUAAAUGGUUUAAAUUAAAUAAACUCACCCAGCACACGUGUUCAUACCAGCCACUCCUCACAAUGUAAUCUGUAAUAAAAAGGGCCAUCUUGUCCAUGAUUUGCUGGCUCACCACAGGACAUAGACGCUUUGUAAGACUUUUUGUAAGCAAACCACCGAACAGAAAAAUAGUUAAAAAUCUGCCCUUAUUGAUUUUCCCAUCUGCAAAUUCUGCAGCCAUCACAGAUGUGAAAUAGUUCUCAGUAUCUAGCAAGCUGUUAGGGUGAAGAGAGUCCAUGUGGGGUCUUAGUUCGGCCUCCAUUUUAAGCAGCAAGGGGCCUAUCCCCACCGCUUCUGGUUUUCCACAGGCCUGCCGGAUACAGCCCACAGCAAGAGAGUAAACAUGCCGAUAUUCCAUCUUGGUGCCCGUUUAGGUUCUGUUUGGGGAGGAUAUGUCUGAGCAUGUCCCUGGUUGGGUAUUUUUGUAUAUAUUCAACAGCACUCAGCAAAACAAAGAAAGAAAAACACCACCAAAGAAGAUGACCAUAAGGGAUGAUGAAAUGAGCAAUCUUCUCAAUAUCCCUCAAGAUAUGGAAAAUGUUGUUCAAGCCCCUCGGUCUGGGAGAGCCACUUUUUCGCUCUCAAAGGGUUCGGACCCAUAUCUCAUCCCAAAGGAUGAGGUUCUCACAUCACAGGCUGUUAGAAACACAGUAUCUGAUGGCAUAGGGCAGAGAAGUGAUGAUAACAUAGUGGACCUGACAAAUACCCAGGGCGGGUUGCGGAAUCUGACUGAGAGUGCUCUAGAGGAAGAACCUGAACCAGCCCCCACACGUCUAAGCAGAUUGAAGAGAAAAGCAAAGAGUAAGGAUGUAGUAUCCCAUGAACAGCAUCAACCCGGACACAUGGCGCCCAGGGACUCCAACGUGGAGGUGCAGCCAGCCUACAAAAAAUCCAGAAGGGCUAUCCUGGAACCUGAACAUGAACCGGGGCUCCGUGAUGUCCAAGAGCUGAAUUUCCAAGAUAACGAGUUCUUGGCCAGCAUGGCACGUGUUACAGAACACAUAGAGACAUUGAUAAGGACUAGGGCUGUGGCUUUUGAACGCAAGGCCGAAGCUGAGCAACACCUUGAGCAAGCAAAACGCAUCAUACGUAAAGAAAUGGCCGUGAUUAGUGAUACUUCACAACAGCUACAAUGUCUAAAGACACGUGCAAACCCUGUGUGUGAUUUCGUAGACAGAAAUAAAAAAAAUCAACCAUACCCUGUCUGCAUACAGGUGGGGGGAGGGUCCGCAUCUAGCCACCAGCCAGGAGGGUAUAGGAAUGCUUCUGAUUCUUCAGACGAAUUUGAACCAUCCGAGGAGUCACCUAGUGGCCCCGGUCCUCAGAAUGCUUUUACUGAACAGUGUGAAACCCAGAAUGGGUCCUCUCUAAGUGAGGCUUCUGAUGUUGGCCCGAAUGCCACCCCCAAAGAGCGGGCUACCCACAGUGGAGCUUCUCGAGGAGGCUUGGCGUUCGAUGUUGGACCUGCAGCUGGUUCCCAACAGUUCUCUUCUGAAGAAGCAGCAGGCAUUUCUGAAGAAACCCCACCUGUGGAUCUUCAGUUUAUACAGCGUUAUAAUAGGAGCUAUGCACGCUUUAAUGGAACUGAAAUGUAUUACGAAUUCAAGUUUGUGAAUUUGGACAGAGUACACUCCUUUUGUGAUGCGCUAUCUGGGAUGCAUUCUGCUAUUCAAAGGGUUCUGGAUAAUAUAAACAACCAUAUAGAACCAGGGGACUUUGUACAGCUCAGAUUGCGAGCGCCAGGGAUUUCAAACCGCCUUUACUCAGCAAGGAGACAGGCAGGCCAUCUGAAUGCUGAGGCAUUCCUAAGCGCUAUAUCUAACCUGCUUCAAAGUUAUGCACAAAUUUUAGCUGAUGGUGUAUUAACACUGGCUGUGAUUGUUAUCACACCCCCACGAGGAGCCGGUCGCAGGCAUAUAAAAUCAAUACCCUAUAGCAGCAUUAUACAGAAAAAGAGGCUGCAUCUGAUAGAUGUCCCCAUGCCUAACACAGCCCUCUGUUUUGCAACGAGUCUCAUGGCUGUUCUAGAUUUGAGAGCCACCGCUACACAGAUAAAAAAGGGAGCAAAAAAGUUGUACCAGGAUCUUGGGUGGAGUGAGCAGAAACAAAUGUCUUUUGCAGACGUGGAAAUCAUAGAGACACAUAUGAAGGUCAAUAUUGUUGUUGUGCAAUGGGGAACUUCUGGAUGGAGUAUUUUAAAAACUCCUGAACAGAAGUACCUCAAAACCUGUUUUCUGUUACUUCAUAAGGAUCAUUAUUAUGGGGUUAAGAACAUCAAAGGGUUUUUUGGGACCAGAAAUUUUUGUUAUGUCUGCUACACGCCCUACAGACACACACACGACUGUUUGAUGAGGUGCCACCGCUGUUUAGAGGCUGGCUGUGUAAAACAUGUGGGGCGUGUAAUCAGAUGCCCCAAAUGCAAGAUGCAGUGUAGAUCACAUGAGUGUCUAGGAAAGCAUAUGAAGCUCGCCGCCAUGGGGCGGGUAGAAUGCAUCCCGCGUGACCUAUGUGAAAAGUGCUUCCGCUAUGUCGAGGCGGGUCAUGAAGCUGAAAGCGUCUGUAGGGGAAAGCAGUGCCAUGUAUGUUAUGAGUACCUUUCCCCCGGGGUAGAACACGCGUGUUACAUUCCACGUCUACAGUACCCCGAGAUAUCAGUAAAAUAUGUGUUUUAUGACUGCGAAUGCAGGCAGGAGGAUGGGAUCCACGUCCCAAACUAUAUUUAUGCCAGGGCCUUUGAUGGGGAGACUGUGGAGCCUGUUAAAGCAUAUCAAGAGAAGCAGAAAGAUUGGGAGAAGUGGGGGCCCCAAGGGGAUUAUUGGGAAUUUAAGGGAGAUAAAUGUCUGAAUGACUUUGUAUUAUGUUUUACAUCAGAUAAUAAGUUUAUGGGGUGCACUUUUCUGGCUCACAACUCGCGGAGCUACGAUGGCAUUUUGAUACUGAGAGAGCUAAUCAAUGAAGGCCUUGAUGUAGAGCUGCUCACACAGGGGGGAAAACUACUGUGUAUAACAGUUACAAAAAAUGACAUAAAAUUUAUAGAUUCCCUAUGCCACCUACCCAUGGCUCUAGCAAAACUCCCCAAAGCUAUGGGUUUUCAGGGCUGCAAGGGCUAUUUCCCACAUUUCUUUAAUAAAAAAGAAAAUGAGAGUUAUGUUGGGAAUAUGCCAGACCCCCAGGACUACGGUGUGGAUGCUAUGAAGCCUGCAGAUAGGGAAGAAUUCAUGAAGUGGUAUGAGGAAAACAAAUCAAAAACGUUUGAUAUGCAGAAGGAAUUGGCCUAUUACUGUCAGAAAGAUGUAGACAUCCUGAUGCAGGCCUGUACAAAAUAUAGACAUGAAUUGGUUGAGAUGACAUGGGAUGUCGUUGAUAAACCUAUGGGGAGGAAAAAUGCCAGGGUUCUUGUGGGUAUCGACCCCUUCCAAUACCCUACGCUUGCUAGUGUGUGCUUAAGAAUGUACCGCUACAAGUAUCUGAAAGAUGAAGAGAUCGCCAUACCGGCCCCAGAUAACUACCAUCAUCAGUGCAAAAGAUUCUCAACUAUGUCCAUUCAAUGGUUGGAAUACAUAGCCCACAGGGAAAACAUACAUAUUCAACACGCUUUGAAAGGGGGUGAGUUUAAGGUUGAUAUUCCUCAGGAGCUUCAGGAGGCGUCGGGGGGUGUUAAGGCAUAUUAUUUAGAUGGUUAUUCUGUGAAUGGGGGAAAGAAAUGUGCUUUUGAAUUUAAUGGCUGCUUUUAUCACGGGUGUGUAACCUGUUAUUCAGCACACAAACAGCACCCCAUGUUGUCGGAAACCUAUGGUUUUCUCUACAAUGCUAGUGAGAGGAAAGCAGAUGUCUUAAAACGCAUGGGGUUUGAAGUCCGUUGUAUAUGGGAGCAUGAGUGGCGUGACAUGGUCAAGGGGGAUCAGAAGGUGGUAGAUUUUCUGAAGCAGCAGGGAUUUCCAGAACCUCUGGAACCUAGAGAUGCGUUGUUUGGGGGCAGGACAGGCUGUGUGAGUCUGUAUUAUGAGGCGAAGGAGGGAGAACAGAUUCACUAGUCAGAUUUUACCUCUCUCUAUCCUUUUAUCAUGCGAAAUCGCCAGUUUCCCAUAGGACACCCUAAAGUAAUUUAUGACGAUUUUAGACCACUCUCUGAAUAUUUUGGAAUUGCCAAGGUGAAGGUAUACCCACCACGCCGUCUCUUUUUCCCUGUCCUCCCUGUCAAAGUGAACGGGAGGCUCAUGUUUCCGCUGUGCAGUCUCUGUGCAGACUCACAGCAGCUGGAGCAAUGCAGGCACAAUGAUGAGGAAAGGGCUUUAGUGGGUACAUGGUGCACUGUAGAAUUGAAUGUUGCUGUGGCUAAAGGUUACAGGGUGCCACAGAUCUAUGAGGUUUGGCAUUUUGAAAGGAGUUCUGGCAGCCUCUUUUCAGAGUACGUCAAAACAUUUCUCAGGCAGAAGCAAGAGGCUUCGGGCUACCCAGCAGAGUAUGUCAGCAGGGAGGAUAGGGAGAAAUACAUUGCUGAGUAUUAUAAGAAAGAAGGUGUGUGUUUACGCCCCAAGAUGAUUGAAUCAAAUCCUGCUAAACGCCAGAUAGCCAAGCUUUUCUUAAAUUCCUUGUGGGGGAAAUUUGCUCAGAGAUCAAACCUUCCUAGGACAUCAAUAGUAAAAAGCCCUAACGAGCUUUUCCAAUACCUCUUUUCAGAUAGCUAUGAGGUCUCUAUGUGUGAAUUCCUUGAUGAUGAUACAUGUUGUGUGUCUUGGAAAGAUGCAAAAGAACGUAUAGUUCCGCCAGGUCACACAAAUGUUUUUCUGGCCUGCUUUACAACCGCCUAUGCACGCCUGCAUUUGUACUCUAUCAUGGAGAAGCUGGGGGAACGGUGCCUGUACCAUGACACAGAUUCUGUGAUCUAUGUGUCUCGUGAGGGGGAGUACAACCCACCCCUUGGAAACUUUUUAGGGGAGCUGACAAACGAACUACCGGCAGACCAGUAGGUAACAGAGUUUGUGAGCACAGGUCCUAAAUCUUACGGCUACAAGCUGUCAGGGGGGGAAUCGUGUAUUAAGGUCAAGGGAAUUACUCUGAACUUUUCUAAUUGUCAAAAAAUUAAUUUUGACAGUCUGAAAAAUCUGGUUUUUGCCUACGUUUUGGACCAGAACCCAACACGUGAGAUUGUGGUAGAGCAGAAUGGCAUCGUUAGAAAUAAGAGGAGAUGGGAGAUAGAAACACGUCUUUUGAGGAAGACGCAGAGAGUGGUGUUUGAUAAGCGCGUCAUCAUUGAGGGUUUUAAGACUAUCCCCUACAGGUAUUAAAAUGGAUGUUCGAUGGCAACACCCCUUCUCCGCUAUCCUUGCGGGACCAAGCAAUAGCGGAAAAACGUUUUUCCUUAAAAAAAUGCUGGACAAUGCACACAGUGUGCUAUCUGUGAUGCCUGAAAAAAUCGUAUGGUGUUACUCUUGUUGGCAACCUUUGUACAAACAAAUGCUCUGUAAAUACCCUAUGAUAAAAUUUGUAGAAGGUAUGUCUGAGAAAAUUGAUGAUGAUGGCUUGUUACCCCCAAAUAAAAUCUGUUUUCUUGUU